UCACUUGAAGCCAUCAUCAGAGAUGAUAUUCCCAUAAAUUUUAACUGCUUACGUUACGUAUCAAUACACGUUACGACCGCUAAAAGUAAUCCAAUUGGUGGGGAGAGAUUAAUCGAAAGCAUGUUUCAGGGAAAUUUGGUUGAACGUGGGUGCCUAACACUUUGCAUAAGUGGGGUCGCGAUUUCCAGGGUGUUUGGACCUUGUUUACUUAGAAGGGAGAAAAGAUACAGAAUGCAACUUCCAGAGAAUUGGUAUAAUGACUUUUCUGGAUUCUUAUUCUGCACAGCUUCCACCUAUAAUUAUUAUUCCACGAAGUUAAAAAUGACGCAUGACAAGUUAGAGGGUGGUGAUGAUAAUAAGAGUGUUGUUGUCGAUUGCCCGGAAGAUGAUAUUGAAAAAACAUGCGUAAAUGUGUGGUAUAUUCCAUUUGGGUCAUUGAGAAACACUUUAUGGUGGGAUCCAACAUCCACUGCUAUUCAGUUUGAAUUUGAAUCACGUGUUUGGUGGUGUGGAACAACAAGUUUCUCAGAUGUCCCCUCCUUUGACGACGACUAUACAUGUACAUUGAGAAUCGAAAAUGAUUCCAAGUCUACUUUAGAGUGCUAUAUUCUAAAAUAUAUUUGAGUAAGCUUAUGCAAGGUGAAACUCGAUCUUAUAGUUGAAUUUAUUUCCAUUUUCUUUCUUUCUUUAUACUUUUAUGGACAUUAAAUAUGUUUUGUAAUCCGUGUUUAUUAAGUUUUGCGGUUGUAAUUAUUAUCUUAUGGUACUUGGUAUAUGAUUCACCGGCAUGUCUUCUUUGCCCACCAACUGUUUGACGAAAUUUCUCAACAAAGCUGGGAUGCUAUGGAAUAGUCUUAUAUAAAUAUCUUCUCUGCUGUUGUAAUUAUUUUUUGAUGGUGCAUAGUGGCCAUGUAUUUGAGUAAAGUCCUUUAUUCAAAUUUUAAUGUAGUUUUGCUUGAGAUGACAGGGUUGUUGUAGAUGUUGGAAAUGGGCCAACCAUGUUAUGCUUGUUGCAAAUGGCUAUGUUGUCGGAAGCAAAAUCACCCAUUGCAGCAAAAGGGGGCGAGUCUCCUUAUCCA